UGCCAGGAGCCGCCCGAAGCAUGGAGGGGGACAGGUGAGCCGGGGAGAAGCGCGCUGAUGGGCGAGGCGUUUACUGCUGUUCUCCAGCAAAACGGGGAGGGAGUUGUGUGCUUUCUGAGAAUGACUUCUGGUUGAAAGAACGGUGCAAGCUCUCCUUUGGAUUGAGGUCACACGUUUGGAACGGGGAUGCCGAGAACGACUGUAAUAUUAUCAGGGUCCAUAGAGGGCUUUAGCGCGGUCAAACCGUUUUGACGACGAGAUCUCGGUCAUCCUGCCAACAAGCUUGCAAGAUAAGCCCAGAAGGGACCUUCUGCUUUGCUGAGAAACCAGAAGCAAUUUCUGGAUGACCUUCAACCAGGAGGGGACGAUGCCCUUUCUGCAUGGAUUCCGCAGGAUCAUCUUUGAGUACCAGCCGUUAGUAGAUGAGAUCUUGGGAUGUUUGGGGCUGCAGGAUCCUGAGCGGCAAGAAACCCUCGAGAGUCCCGGCUGCGUGGCGGAAGAUGACGGCAGACUGCUGGUCCUUGAGGCCCUUCUGGAGAGAGAGGCCCAUUCCGCGUUCUACCAGGAAGGCGUGAGCUACGCUCUGCUGAAGGUGGCCGAGCUCGGGCUGACCCACGCGGCCCAAACCCUCUUGCGCCACGGGGCAGACAUCGUCUUUGAAGACCCAGUCACCUAUUACACAGCUCUGCAUAUUGCGGUGCUCCGGAACCAGCCAGACAUGGUGGAACUCCUGGUGCAGAGAGGGGCGGAUAUUAACCGGAGGGACCGGAUUCACGAAAGCAGCCCGCUGGACCUUGCUAGCGAAGAGCCAGAACGCCUGCCCUGUCUGCAGCGCCUUCUUGAACUCGGUGCCGAUGUCAAUGCAUCUGACAAACAUGGGAAGACGGCUUUGCUGCACGCUCUGGCCAGCAGCGAUGGAGUUCAGAUCCACAACACGGAGAAUAUUCGCCUCUUGCUGGAAGGAGGAGCAGAUGUCAAGGCCACCACCAAAGAUGGCGACACCGUCUUCACCUUCAUCAUUUUCCUCCUCGGAGAGAUGGUGGGUGGGGACAAGGAGGAGGCCCAGAUGAUCAGCUGCUUCUGCUUCCAGGUCACGCGGUUGCUCAUGGCCCAUGGCGCCGACCCCAGUGAGUGCCCCUCCUAUGAGUCCCUCACCCACCUCUGCCUGAAGAGCUUCCGUCUCCAUUUCCCACUCUUGCGUUUCCUCCUGGAGUCGGGGGCCUCCUACAACUGCUCCCUCCACGGGCCUUCGUGCUGGUCGGGCUUCGACAUAAUCUUUGAGAGGCUGUGCUCCCACGUCAGCGAAUCGGAAGACGACAGCUUCUCCACGGACUUCCUGCAGAAAGCGGAGACGGCAGUGGAGCUCAUGAUGGCUAGCUCUCCAGCCGUGAAGCUGCCAAGCAACUUUGAGGUCAACCUGAAGAACUGCCGCUUCCACAAGGAGAAGAUCAAGGCCCUCUUCUGCUCCCUGAAGCAGCUGGAGUGCUCUCCACCCACUUUGAAACACCUCUCUAGAGUGCGCAUACGCCAAAGCCUGCGACCCUGGCCGGUAGAUGUCAAGGUCAAAGCUCUCCCUCUGCCUGACAGGCUGAAAGGGUAUCUUCUCAUAGACCAUGACAGUUCCACAGAACAGGACAUGUGAGCUAGAGCAUGGGCCGAGAAACACAAAACAUAGGUGUUGUUUAUACACUGAGGUGUGCCAGCAUGCUGAAGAUCUCAUCCUGGAUCAACUGCCUUCUCAGCUAGUUGGUCUCCACAAGGUUCCUCAUGUCGCAUCUGGUGGCCCUCCAUUCUUCUGCAAACAUGCUGGCCUUUGGUCCCGUAAUGGGAGAUGUAUCUUUCUCUGGUGGAGCCGUAUCUGGUACUAAACCACGUGUCACGGGUGGGUGAGGAGAGAGGGGAGAAGAUUCCGUGUCAGGUGGAUCUGUGCCUUCACCAGUUAAGAACUCAAACUCGCCUUCAUCUUUCUCAGACUAGCCUCUCAGUCUUUCCAAACACUCAAUGCCCAAUACGAAUUUCUGGCAAAUUAGAACAUUUAGCAGUCCAGCAUGCUCAUUAAAAUUACGUGUCUGCGCCAGUUAAGGGUUACGAGGUUGUAUCAUCAUUUUUUUAAAGGAAGGGUUGUUAAUGCCCUGUUAUGAGUUGCUACAUAUCCCUCUUUACGCAGCCUCUAUUGCAGUUCUUCUGAGAGAGAGUUUUAGUCCUCAUGAGGAUAUCUAAGUGAAGAAAUUUCGGUGGGGCAAGCCCUAGCCGAGACAUGGCCUGGUUCUACCGCAGCCGCUUCAGACUUCCCAUCUGUGUUGCUUUGACAAUUGGUGCUACUACCUAAAGGGAAUUACUGAUUGUCCUAACAGCAGCAGUCCCAGGGGGGCAACUGGAGCCCCAAAAGCUGGUUGUGGUGUUUGAGACUUUUAAAUCUAGCCAUCUGUGACCCAGCCCAAUUUUAAAACAAGAUAUAGCUGACUCGUUUAAAUUGUCAAGUCUUGGGAACUACCCUGGUGGUCAUCAAAUUCUACUCUUUGGUGUCCAGCUAGCCUAUAGCUACCAAGUCAUCUGCUUGUUAUCACUUGGUUCCUUGGAACAUCUUUUAUCUCUCUUUCAACGUGUCCUAAUCUCUGGCCAUCGUCUCCAGAGCGCUCUGUCAGGAGCUGCGGCAGUGUAUCAAAAUCUAUAAAUAUCAAUUAAAAAGAGGUCCAUGAACCAACAAGUGCAGCUAUAGUAGUAGGAAUGUUGAGAGUAAACAUCCUGUUUAAUCACUGGUAGAUUUAGGAGCCGUGUAAUGAUUUCUCAGCAGUAGGCUUAUGUGAUUGUUGCACCAUGCAAAGAAGGAAUUUCAGAAGACCGUUGCAAAUGAAGCAGAGCAACUGUCACGUUAGUUUUUAUAAAAUGGGGGGCAAGGGAAGGCGAGCUCCCCUCAACAACCUGUACUGGGUCUGGCUGUUAGUGGGAUAAUUCCCCCCCGAUUCACUAUCGUUUUCCGUAGAGGCUGUUUACUGCCCUCAGAAGAGGGUGCCCAUUGUUUCUCUGUAUGAGACACAGAUCUGGGCCAUUUUCUUUCCAAGCAGCAGGAAAGCACAGAAAGCUGACUCAAAGAAAUGUGUGUGUCUGUGUGUGUGACACAGAGAGCGAGAGAUUAAUUCUUGCACAGCCUCAGAGCAAGCCUGAAGCAUGCGACACGUUUAUUAUACCAGAGCACUUAGAAGCAUCCCCUUUGCACAUGUUUCGGAUUCACUAUCAAACCCUUCCAACUAGACCUGUUCUGGAAACUGAGGCAUGUGUGAAACACCGCUACUGUGUUGGCAAUCAGUCAGCCUUUGAUACGAACUUAAGAGUUUUGACACGUGGAAUUUGCUACGCUUUUUAGUUUACUCCCCCCCUCCCCCCCGCAUGUAUUCUGUGGGAGUAUAUUACAGCACAAUUUUUUUUGCAUGUGUUGAUGCAUUGUGAUUCACGCAUACAUGCCUGUGCCUCAAUACUGGGUGGAGGUGAGAAAUCACAACCUGAAAGUUGCAAACAAACUGCUAAUUCUGAAAUGCAUCUUAAACUCUGUGGCAGGUGGGGCAAAACAGGGACAGAAGCAACUGUUAGGACAGAAAUGGAAUGACAGAUUAGAUACUCUACUGUAUCAAACUAGUAGUCCAGCUAGUCUCGCAUUCUGUUUCACACAGUAACCGGCUACCUGGCCCAGAAAGCCGACCAACAAAUGCUGCAAACCUGGGUCUCUGACUGGGGAAAGCCGGGUUCCAAUCUGCCCUCUGCUAGUAAAGCUCAAUGGAUAACGGUCUCUCUUACCUCACAGGAACAUUGGGGAGAGCCACAGAGGUCAACCAAGGACUUUGAAUCCUGGCUGUUGAAGGCAUUUCGAUUUAUUGAAUGUAUUUUAUCUCCGAACAAAGUCAGCUGACCAUAGGCUCCUAAGGAAGGCCAUAUAAAAUUGGGAGACAACCUUCCACAUUUGUGACUUUCUUAUUCUGGCUCAGGUUGGUAUGUGGAAGCAUACACUCACCCUCUAACCAACACACAGUCUACAAGACAACAAAAAGCUGCAAUGGCACAAAUGUAUUUUCUUGCAAGCCGCUGCUUUAUCUGAAGACAAAAGGCUAAACUUCUUCCCCACCAAAACCAGCCUCAGCAGACAGUCAAGACACACCCCACGAUGUUUGGACCAGCUCCUAGGGCUGGUGGUCUCAGCCCCCGCAUGCUGAAGCAGCCCUCUACGGGAGGGUCCUCACUCUGACGUGGCCCCGUGGGGCCCCUGGGAAAGCGUUCUUCCCCUCUCCCGGCCUUGUAAGCCUUCAUCUCAAGGCCAAAGUAUAGACGUGGUAGAUUUCGUCGGGGAAGUUCUCUUGUUUUUCUUGGGCCAAGAGGCUGAGCCCGGCCCGGCGGAUGAGCUUGCAGACGACGUCCAGGUCGCGGCAUACGCUGCUGUCCACGUCAUCCAUGAUCACUCCUUCCUGGGCCAUAUUGUCCUUAAUGACGAUGAUGCCGUUGGGCUGAAGGCCGAGCCGACACCUCUUCAGGAAGUUGGUGAGGUCGUCAUCCGUCAGGUGUCCUGGGGGUGGGAGGAGAGAAACGGGGUGAGGAGAGACCUGCCAGAUCAGACCCAAAGGGUUCAACUUCCUGUUUCCCACAGCCCUCCUUCCAUGGAAGCAGCGGCCUCGAAUGGCACCAUGCUGUUUUUAGGGCACUGGUCUUCAAGCCAGGGGUCAGGAUCUCUAUGUGAGUCCACGGUCCUAGCUGGGGGGGGGGGGGAUAAGAUCCUGUGGAGCCACUCCCCCCCCCCCCCGUUUUCUGGAAGGUCCAUUCUGCUAGAACAGCUUGCCUCUCUUUGCACGCAUUCAUGCAGAGUGAGAACAGACUCAGGGUGCCAGCGCAAGGUCACACGGUGGUGGCGAAGAUUCUUUCGAGCAUAGGAAGUUCCAGAGACGGCCUUCCCCUCAAAAGCUCUUCCUUGCCUUCUCUCUUUCCCCUCCAGCCCAAACCAGCAUGGCUACCCCUUGGUCUUCCGCUGCUCUGGCGUGUGGUUACCACACCAAGUUCCCCCAGCUUUGGGACCUCUUCUCCCUCUCAUGUGACUGUCACAUGCUUGCAGUUUGGUAGGCCCCAUGCGGCUCCCUGGGUAUUAAAAAGGAGGGACCUGGGUUGGAAAAAGUGGAAGACUCCUGCGAUAGGGGGCACUGAUGCUGGCUGGGUGUUGGUUCACACAGACGAGAUGGCACCAUGCAGCCGGUCGCUUCCAGCUUUUAGUGCGGUUUAGCAAUGCCUCACAAACAGAAAGCAGGCACAGCAGGGGGGAAAGAAGGCUAGAAACAGCUUGGUGUGCUGGCUUUCUGUUCGCAGGUUUCUUUUUUGAACAUGGAAGAACAUUCCAGAAGGUAUUCCCUUCACCUGCAGUCAGAACGGACCACACCAUUUCAAACUCUUUCUCCUUUGAACGGAGCAGGCCCGGAGCUUCGCUUUGGUGCUUUUAAAGGCUCUCUCAGCCUGAGAUUUGAGAGUUUUCACUGGCCAUUUCCAUGUAUUUGCUCUUUGCCAUAUUAAAUUCAUUUUGACCUCUUCA